AUGAAUGAAAAUAAAACAGAAAUGAUUGAUAUUAAAAUAAAAGUAAAUAAUAUUAAUCAUUCAAAUGAGAGAAGAACAACUUCUCGUAUAUGGACAAUUCGUUCAUAUUUAUUUUUAUUAUGUUUGACAGUUUUAUCACAAUCAAUGAUAUCAUCUGGUUAUAUUGGUUCAAUUGUUUCAUCAUUAGAACGUUAUUAUGGUUUUUCUACUUCACGUUUAGGUGUUGCGUUUAGUAGUUAUGAUAUAAUGGGAGUUUUAUCAAUACCAUUAAUAUCAUAUUUUGGUUCACAAAAUAAUCGACCACGAAUAGUUGCUUUUGGUGCUUUAUUAUUUGGAAUUGGAAAUAUUUUAUUUAUUUUACCUUAUUUUAUAAAUGGUUAUGAAAAAGAAACAACAACAAAUUUAUCAAAUCAAACAAAUGAUCAUUUAUGUCAAUCAAAUUCAUCCAGUCAAAGAAUUUAUUCUCAUGAUCUUUGUUCACCAUUAUCUACAGCUAAAAUUUUAUCUCAUUUAACACCAAAUUUACUUGAUAAACACAUAUCAAAUACAUAUGUAACACCAAAACCAGUUUGGACUUAUUAUAUACUUAUAUUAGCAAUGAUAAUAAUGUCAAUUGGUGCAAGUCCAUUUUAUACAUUAGGAGUUACAUUUUUAACUGAUCAUCUUAAUAAAGAUGAUCAAGCUAUUUGUACAAGUCAAAAACAAAAAAAAAAAAAAAGAAUUGAGGUAAAAUAA